AGGGAUCUUAUUCACGAUCAGUGAGGCUUUCUGGGCAAAUAAACUUUACAGAAUCCGGUUUGUACCAGCUGAACCGGUCCAAGUUGGUCCAGGCAAGACCAGGAUCUUACAGAGUUAAUAGCACUAUGGGCAACACUGAGAGCGUGGUGGUGCAGAAGCGGCUGGCCCGCUUCCGCCCCGAGGAGCGGCCUGUGAUUGAGGGGGUCUUCAACAAGCUCCAGGGUGGUACCGGGGGUCGCUCAGGAGCCCCAGAGAAAGCACCGCCAGGGAAGACUCUAACGCUUGAGAUGUUGCAGUCCUCAGUGGGCAGCCUGGCACCAGACUCCAUGGUAAAGAGGAUCUAUCAGUGCAUGUGUAGCAUUGACCCUGGACUGGCAGCACCUGCAGCUUCUGGGAAGACUAGCACCUCAGCUCUCUCUGGAGUAAGUCGGGAGCAGUUGGUUAUCUUCCUAGCAGACACCCUGCGAGGCACUGCAGAGGAACGGGCUCCUCUCGUCAUGGCAAUGUCCCAGCAUGCAGCAGGGGCAGUAACAGUUGUGACAUGUGAGCAGGUCGCAGAGUUUCUACAGGACCUGAUCUCUGCAGUAGUUCAGAUUCUGGUCCACAGAGGGCGUCUGCAGGGAUGGACACCAGAGAGAAUGGGUGAUGGCUCCCUGGGUGUCAAACUCCUGGCAGAGCAGAUGUGUUCUGAACUCAAACCCUCAGAUCAGGGAGGUUGUGAUGUUUCCUGUCUGGAGGACUGGAUCUUCAGGGUCUCCCAGGUAUCUUUGUACCUGGAGCUGCUGGUAGCCGAAGGCCUAAAUGUGUCCCUGAGUGGCCGACCAGCCCAAACCCUGCUGCCCCCCUGCAGGGAGACACCCUGGAAAGAGCUGAGGUGUCUGCUGGACCUUCCCACCCUCAUGUUUCUGGCACCACAGUUGCCAGACAGCUACAGCGCCCCCUGGAGACUUGUGUUUUCCACACGGCUGCAUGGGGAAAGCUUCACCAGGCUGGUGGCUGGCCUGAUAAAGCGUGGGCCCACCCUACUGAUCAUCAAAGACACAAAGGGACAUGUUUUCGGGGGCUUCGCCUCCAACGGCUGGGAGGUCAAACCUCAGUUCCAGGGUGACUCCAGAUGCUUCCUGUUCACUGUGUUCCCCAGGCUGAGAGUUUAUACAGCAACAGGAUACAACCAACACUUCAUGUAUCUCAACCAGAAUCAGCAGACCAUGCCCAACGGACUGGGUAUGGGCGGUCAGCAUGGCUACUUUGGCCUGUGGCUGGACAGUGAUUUUGGCCGCGGUCAUAGCCGCGCACGGCCUAAGUGCACCACCUAUGGCAGCCCUCAGCUCUCCGGAGAGGAGGACUUCACCCUUGAUUCGGUGGAAGUGUGGGCGGUUGGAAAACCCCCUGAACCAGAGGAGGGUGAAGAGGGGGAGGGAAAGAAGAGUAUCCUGGAUGUAGACCCAGAGGUCCAGGCCAUGCUGGAGAUGGCAGGGAAGACUCUGCACAGUCAGGGUCUCAGGGAGCCGGAGGAAGACGAGGAGCAGUGAGGGGCAAUGGGAACAUGGACCGGAGGCUCCAGGUUCACCUGGUAUUGACACAUGGGAUUUUAGCAUCUGACAUAGCUGGAGAACAUUUACAUCUGACUUUUAGACAUGCUGCAGUGCACACAGUGAUAUCACUCUGCUUGGAUCCUCUAACACAGAAACUGCUGCUGCUUUCAAUGACACAUGACACUGACAUCACCCUCACGUGUACAACAGUCAGCUCUUAAACAUGACGCUGGCUCUGGAAGACAUCAUCACCACAUAAACCAGGCUAAGAGAGUCCAAGUCUAAAAGACGGCCGAUAAAUGAUCUGUAAAUUCUGAUCAGACCCUUUCACACACAGCUGAAAGCCACCAGAGUGUAGGUCUCCGGUCAGUCAUCAGUGUGAAAGGGAGCAAUGUGUUAUGGGUGUGUUCACGCUUCAUUCUACAGAGCUACACUGGUGUUUGAUAGAAGAGAACUUUUUUUUUUUUUUGAAUGAACGUUCGAGAAAUACCACAUAGUGGAAGUAACCUCAGUUGACCAGAAUGCAAUGCAUCCACAUCAUGUCUGCUGGAGUCACUAACUGAAGCAUUAGGUUGAGGAAGGUGAGCAUAACAAAACAGUAUAUUAUACCAUUAAUAAUGAUGUAUAUAUCACAUGUAUAUACAAUUGUAAAUGGAGUGAUCUGGUUUAUCCAGCCUGGAUUCAGAGGAGAGGCUGGAUUCUCUUAAACUCAUUUUAAGAAAUGUGUAAUUGUGAUUAUUUAAUCAGUGUAGUGCUGAAAAACCUUCAGGUUUCUGACGUGAGCCUGUUAGUGUCUGUGUUGCCGGUUCACCCUCUGAGCCAUGAUAUUUAUGUGUGAACACGUGACUAAUGACAACAUCCUUGGUGUUUUACCCAUGUGAGAAGCUUAGGAGACAUUCAGGGAAUUUCUGGAAUACAAGAGGAUGCAUCGACUGUUCUGAUACUAAGGGUGCUAAACACUUUACCCCUCCUCAGACUGACGGCUGUGGAUAAACUUCAGGGUACAAAGCUGGCUUUGUUUUCUCAGAGUCUACAUCCGGUCCACUCACAUCAUGACCAAGACGCUAAGUGAGAAGUUUGACUGACAAUUUAUGGCCGAGAAAAUCUAUGACAUGGAGGGACAUGUACAACAGAUGACAGAGAACAGACGAAUGCCUGUAACAACUGUCAUUGUCACAAAAUGUGUGUGUGUGUAGGCCAUACAUGGCUGCAGCGUUGACCUGUAAAGUUAAAGGGCGUCUGGAGGGUGCACCUACUUUCACUUGUGUUUUUCACUUGAGUGAAGUGUGGAAAUUUGCAUUGUUUUUUGUUUUGUUUUUUGUUGUUUUUUUUAAUUUAAAAAUGUCUGACUUCGUCGGAAAGCCUGUAAAUUAAAUUGUUGCCAUAAACACGAACGACAAGAUCUGCACUUUGGCAUCGCUAACUGUACUUUUACAAACAUCCUGCUCAGAGGCUGAAAGGUAACUGUGUUUUCACCCCUCCUCCACCUCCUCUGUCCUGCUAUCAUGCAAAUUACUGAGGCAAGUCACACAUGCAAAUCUUUUAUAUAAUCUUACAGCAGUAGCAGACCUUUAUUUUCCAUUAUGGUUAAUGGUUGCAUUAGCUCAACUCUUACACUGCUCUUACUUUAAUCCUAUGGUGCUCGCUGUUCUCUGCACUUGAUUUCAUUCUACUUUAAUAUUUUUCCAAAACCUUUUUCAGCCUUUUCUCCUCAGAGACCUGCAACAGUUUUAUCUCCAGAUUCGGAGUGUUCCCUGAUUAUUUUCUGCGUUGGUCCUGUAAAAUUAAGAAAUAUCUAAUUUGUUGAUUUAUUUGAAUAAUUUGUUUCCCCUAAACGAUUUUUUAUUUUCCGUCUGGAAAAUACAUAACAGACAGUGGUACCUCUUUGAAGCACCUAAGUGCUUAACUUUACCAAAGUCUUUACGUGAAUUACUUGAAUAUUCCCAUGUUACCUAUAUUGCAGAUGAUAUCGUACUUUUCCCUUCAGCUGUCUUGUUACUUAGCA